AUGUCUGAAUCAAUCACCAGAAUCACCUCAAUGCUUGAAUCAGCUAGGGAUCUUACACUUGAAGCUGCUGCUGCUGCCUCUGCUAAACUUGCUGAAACACCAGACAGUGUAAGACCAAAGGAAGUCAGUGCAUUGUUAAACUCUCGAUAUGAUAGAGAUGUGCUUAAAGGGUUGAAAUAUGUCAUAUCCUUGAUAUCUAGUGGUGAAGAUGCUUCUAAGUACUUUACAGAUGUCGUGAAGAACGUGACUUCAACAAACCUUAAAACUAGAAAACUGGUUUAUACAUACUUAUUGAGAUAUGCUGACAAAGAGAAUGAUGUGGCACUCCUCUCAAUAAACGCCAUUCAAAAGUCAUUGGGUGAUACGAACGAUCAAGUGAGAGCUUUAGCUAUUAGAGUGAUGUCGGAGAUCAAAAUCUCAUCAAUAUAUCCUAUUGUUCAAUUAGGAAUCAAGAAAUGUAUUAAUGAUAUCUCACCAAACGUCAGAAAAGCUGCCGCUUUAUCAUUAGCUAAAGUAUAUUAUAAUCACGGUGAAAGCUCGGUUGAUGAGCUCACGGAUCAUUUAAAGAAAUUGUUAAAGGACAAAGACUCAAAAGUAUUGAGUUCGGCUAUAUUGGCCUUCAGAACCAUUACUCCUGACAAAUUCGAGCUUUUACAUGGUCACUUCAGAAGGUUUUGCUCCAUUUUUGGGAACUUGGAUGAAUGGGCACAAGUUUAUUUGAUUGAAAUUUUCACAGAUUAUUGCAGACUGUACAUUCCAAAACCAAAGAUAUACAAUGGUGCCACCAACGAAAAAGAAUUCAUUGAUCUCCCAGAUAACUACAAUGAAAUUCCUUAUCCAGUAUAUGAUGUUGAAUAUGACUCUGACUUGAAAUUAUUCUUAGAUUCUAUAAAGUAUCUUGUAUACAGCUCCAAUGAGGCUGUAAUAUUAGCUGUUGGUAGAGCAUACUUUCACCUAACUCCACCAAAAACUUUCAAAGAGUCACAAAUAUCAGCUGCCUUUGUCAGGGCUCUACAAACAAGUACAAGUGAAAUUCAAGUUUUUAUACUUCAGAGCAUAUUAUAUAUGGCUGCACAUGAUCCAACACUAUUUGUCCAGUAUGAAAAAAGAUUUUAUUUAUUUCCUGGAGAUCAUUUCCUGACAGCACAGUUCAAGUUAAAAGUUUUAUCAAUUAUUUGCAAUGAAAACAAUAUAAGACAAAUUACGAAUGAGCUACAAUAUUAUGUCUUAAAUACAACAGAUCCAAAAAUUGCUGUUGAAUCUGUGAAAUCAUUGGGCGCGUGCUCACAUGUUAGUGACUAUUGGAGUUCAAAGGCGUUGAAAUGGCUGUUAUCCCAAGUUCCUGUUCCUGGAUAUGAAAAAUCUGUAACAGCUGAAUUUUUGACGGUCAUUAGAUACCUUGUUCAGCAAAAUCCUGAAAACAACGUCAAAGUGGUCAUUAAACUAGCAAAUUUUCUGGAUGAUAUAUCUCUUUUGGAUUCAAACGCUAAGGAAAGUAUCAUUUGGCUUGUCGGUGAAUUUGCUGGAAUUGAGUCAAGAAUUGGACCAGACGUUUUGAGAAAACUUGCAAAAACAUUCGCUUUUGAACAAAAGCCAGUUAGACAACAGAUUUUGCUACUAUCAGCUAAAUUAUACUCGUAUGAUGUUGAAACUUACAAACUAGAGACUGGAGAUCAUGGUCUAGAAAACUAUAGAAAUGAAAAUCGCAUUGUUUGUAAACUUUUCAAUCAUAUAAUUAAUUUGGCCAAAUACGAUGACGAUUAUGAUGUGAGAGAUAGAUCAAGAUUAUUGAAUUCUCUUUUGAGCUCCAGAGAAACACAGCUUGCAACUUUAAUACUUCAAGCACCAAAACCUGUUCCAGUCGUUGCUCUCAGAAAUACGAAUGAUAAAAAUAAUACUGCUGGAUUCACUGAUGAUGAUUGGGGUUAUUUAGGGAUCGAGGAAAUGAUUAAAAAUUUCAAUACUCUUCCAGAAUGGUCUGCUGAAGGUGAAAUACCUGAGAAAUCUAUCAGAGAUGAAAUAGAUGUCAGCGUUGCACCAAAAAGCUUCUCGCAGCAAAGUGUCUCAAGCCGUCAAAACUUUAUAAACUCAAAAAACGAUAUCACAAAACCGGCCAAUAGAAAAUUCAAGCUUCAAAGUUUGGAUGAUUUUUUUGCUGAAGAUGAUUUAAGGCUCGAGAAUUUUCCAAGAAAAACAGUGAUUGUGGAGGAAAGUGAUACUAGUGAUGAGGAAGAAGAUGAUGAUGAUGAUGAAGAAGAAGAAGAAGAUGAUGAUGAUGACGGUGAAGAUGAAGAUGACGACGAUGAAGGAAAAAAAGACGAAGAUGAAUUUGGUGAAGGCAGCUUUGAAGGUGAAUCUGGAGAAAGUGAAGAUGGUUCUAGUGAUAGUACAGGCCAGUAUGAAGAGGGUGACUACUUAAAAAAACCAUUAAUUUAA